GGUUAACCUCCGUUAACCUCUGUUAAAAAGGUCCACUUAACAGACACCCGCGGUAGGUAUUGAAAUUACCUUGCAACCGAACACGCCCUAAAUGUAGCCUAAUCUUAUGAUGACAUGGUUAUUUCAUAGGUUUUUGUCACCGCACCACGCAAACUAAUCAUCCCUACAUCCCCACUUCAACAGCAGAACAUAUGACAAUCCUCAGUAUAUUACAGUUAAUCAUCACACUCUAGACAUUAGAAAUUGGGAAAGUCGGAGAGCAGAGAGCCAUCCGUGUAGCUAAUGCUCUUGAACCUAUCUUAUCCCGCCUCACUACGACCGCAAUGGCCGCAGAAGCUUCAUUCUCCACCCCUUACCUCCAACACCUAGACCCCUCGCAACCACAUAACUUCGAACUCCCUUCCAAGAAGAUCAACGAGGGUAACGAUGUAUCCACAUUCCUCACCUCCCUCGCCUACAGGGAUAUCAUGACCUUCAUCCUACAGCUCAAUCGCGCCAUGGUCCCUUCGAAAAUAACGGAGGAUGGCUCUCAACAUGUGCAAACCUGGCCCCUCAACUGCGAUGCGGUUGAGUUCUCAGAGCCCGUUCGUCGUCUGCAGUUAUUACUCUCGAAGAUAGACUCGAUAAUCGAUGAGGUACCCCCGGAUACGGGACCGAGGCGUUUUGGAAAUGUCAGUUUCCGCAAAUGGUGGGAGGAAGUGGAAAGACGGGCGCCGGAAUUGAUGGAUGAAUGUUUACAGCCUGAGGUGCUGCGGCAGGGAGCGCAAGGCCCCGAUUCGGUAUCUGCGAAGGAGGAGCUUACGACGUAUUUUCUAGGGAGCUUUGGGAGCCAACAGAGACUAGACUAUGGGACAGGGCAUGAGUUGAGCUUUGUGGCUUUUUUGGGUUGUUUGUGGAAGCUCAACGGGUUUCCGAAGGCUGGGGCGGGCGUGGAAGAAAGGGGGAUUGUUUUGGGUGUGAUUGAACCGUAUCUUGAGUUGACUCGACGCCUGAUAAGGACAUACACCCUCGAACCCGCAGGCUCACAUGGCGUCUGGGGCCUUGAUGACCAUUCUUUUCUUCCUUAUAUCCUUGGAUCUGCGCAAUUAUCUCCUCCAAUAUCAGAGUCAGACCUUACCCCUACUGAAGGCUCAUUACAGAACUCCCCGGAGCCAGCUACUGUCGCAAAAGCGAAUAUAGUCGAGAAGGAACGGAAAAAUAAUAUGUAUUUUUCAGCUAUUGGUUUUAUAUACGAUGUGAAGAGGGGUCCAUUUUGGGAGCAUAGCCCAAUGCUUUACGAUAUAUCCGGGAUUCGAGAUGGAUGGGGGAAAAUAAAUAAGGGCAUGAUCAAAAUGUACAAUGCCGAAGUCCUCUCCAAAUUCCCUGUCGUCCAACAUUUCCCCUUCGGUUCCCUUUUCCGUUGGGAACAUGAUCCCACAGCCGUGACAGUACCUCCAUCCGUCCACCUUUCGAACCGGCCGGAAAGGUCAGGCGAAAUGGCCUCUCCACCCCCCAUCAAUCCCGCCACAAGGGGAUUUCAAGGCACGAAAGCUCCUUGGGCAAAUCCGGCAGGCGGCAUGGGCGGGGGUGUGGGUUCUACCGCCCCUGGGAUGUCCGCACCCUUCGCGGCGGCGCAGCUUGGAACUAGACCUUUGCGUGCUCCACCAACUGCUAUGACCACGGCGCCAUGGAGCAGUAAUCGAGAUCGAGAGGCUGCGGGACAGUUCUCAGCGCCUAAUUCGCAGGCACCGACGAAGACACCUUGGGCGGGGGCGAGUGGAGGGCAGGAUGCAGGAUCAGAACAUCCCAUUUAGGGCGAAGAAAGAUCCCGCUGGUGGGCAAUGAUGGUCUGCACUGCAAUUUCCAUUCUGGAUGCUGCGGUGGUCGCAUCUCUAUACAAGAGGUAUAAGAGGAGAGGUACAGUUUUAUUACGUGGAGCGUUUGAAGAAAACUAUAACAGCUAUGAACCUUUCCAUAAAUGAGUAAAACGUUUGAGGAACGAAUUCAUGUAAGAUAGACGAUGUGAAAUAAAUCAAUACGGCCCGACUAUGCGUAGAUGAAUAGAACGAGCCUUGAACAAACUGUUAUACAUAUCUGCAUUUCAUAAUUCGUUGAUCUAAAUAUACAUUUUCCAAUGCCAAAAACGCCAGUGGGUAUCUCAUGAGUCAAAGGAACAUAAACAAGAGACAAUGUACAGUUUAUGUCAGAAAAAAUGAGGAAAGAAAA